ACCCAUGCUUCCACGAAACUUCUGUUCUGGCAAGGUCACUUGAUUGAUGCCUUGGUGUCUAAAUUUAGGUCGAUGCGUAGACCCGACCAUCCCUGCACACCGUUGAGAUGGCAUCCCGUUGACCGCGCCAGGCUCCGUUAUGUUCCGUCAACGUGGGCAUACCUGCCUGCUUGUCUAAUCACUCACAAACUCAACGCAUGAACUGGACCGAUACUCGGAAUGCAAUACCCCUCAGCGCGUGGCUGCGCAACCUUUGCUUCCCAAGGUCGACCCAACUUCGAUACGCUUUGAGCUGCUGGCGUCCGGGGGUCACAGGUGUCCGUUUCGCCAGGUUCCCCGCACCGGAGACUGCCCCUCCCGCUCCGGACGACUGUCGACCGAUUCUCCCAUUCGCCGGCACGCGCAUUGACGGCAACCCGACCCACCGCUCCCGUGGGCGGCCCGGUACAAAUGAUCCGACUCAUGCCCUGUCCUGGUCGGCAGCGAGGACAUGGAAACCACCAAGCAUCGGAAGCGACAUAGUUUACCAACAAGACGGAUAUAUCAGCAGCAGCUCUUGUAAAGCUCGGAGACAUCAAUCAGCAGCCAUGGUCCUCCCGAACCAUCCAAACCCUACCGCGCCGGUCAUCUCGCACUUCAACCUCGCCGGCAAGACCGCCAUCGUCACGGGCGGGACCCGCGGCAUCGGCCUCGAAGUCGCGCGGGGCCUCGCCGAGGCCGGCGCCAGGGUCGCAAUCACCUACACCAGCACGCCGCCGGCGGAAGCCGAGGCCACGGCGGCCGCGCUCUCCGAGUCGGGCAACGGCGUGCGCGUCAAGGCGUACAGGUGCGACGUCCGCAACCGCGGCGAGGUGGCGUCCGUCAUGGAGGCGGCGACGGAAGAGGUCGGCGGCGGGAGGCUCGACGUCGUGGUCGCCAACGCCGGCAUCGCGGACCACGCCCCGGCGCUCGAGUACGCCGAGGACAGGUUCCGGGACAUGCUGGACGUGAACUUCCACGGUGCUUUCUGGACGGCGCAGGCGGCGGCCAAGAUCUUCGAGCGACAGUUCAAGGCGGGCGGCGACGGCAGGGGCAGCAUCAUCUUCACGGCAUCCGUGUCGGCGAUCCUGGUCAACGUGCCGCAGAAGCAGGCGGCGUACAAUGCCAGCAAGGCGGCGGUGGUGCACCUGGCCAAGUCAUUGUCGGUGGAGUGGGUUGACUGGGCAAGGGUGAACUGCGUCAGCCCGGGCUUCAUUGCGACUGAUAUGCUUGCGGUGCAUCCCGAGGAGUGGAGGAAGAAAUGGUUCUCCAUGAUCCCCGGGGGACGGCUCUGCGAGCCUGCCGAGUUGAAGGGCUCGUAUGUGUUUCUCGCCAGCGAUGCGAGCAGUUACAUGACAGGGGCAAAUCUGGUUAUUGAUGGCGGAUACACAUUGCCAUAGGCGACGCACGAGGUUUGCACAUGGCACGCAUUCAAAAGUGUAUCUAUUGUACUGGUGAUACGCAAAGAGAACGAGCAAUGUUUAAAUAAAAAAUAACAUAACAGUGAAAAUGACCUAGCCAGGAAGCGUCAUUGACACGGACGAACGGAAAAGAGACAAAAAUUAAAGAACAUAUCAUCUCAAUGGAAGGUGGAGUUUAACCACUGAAUCUCCCCGAGGUGGGCUCGAACCACCAACCUCCAGAUUAACAGUCUGACGCGCUAGCCAAUUGUGCCAUCGGGGAU